AUGAGGGAGAAGGAGAAGAACAGCCGCAGUCCAAGUCUUGGACUUAGGUUUCGUAGCUCUUGCUCUGGGCCACCAUUAUCACAGUUACUUGGUUGGAUGCAUCGCAAGUUCCGGGCCAAUGAACCACUGAAGGAUUUUAGCGUAGGGAAGCCAUCACUGGAUGACCAACAGUACUACCCAAAGUCAAAUUUUGGCACUAAAUCCUUAGGCAAAGCACAAAGAGACAACCAUCUGCAAAAAUCAUUUUCCAGCCUAGAAGUAGCAAGAGUAGAAGCAGACGACUUUGAAGAAGAAUCUUCAGUUGCGAUUUCCGAGCUCUUCCAUGGCUUCCUUACCAUAGGUACUCUUGGUUCGGACCCAGUCAUCACAGACCCAUCAACGCCAACAUUUGCCACAUCAGUUGAGAACAUAACUGAAAAAGAAACAGAAGUAACAGAGAAUGAACUGAAGCUUAUUAAUGAUGAGUUGGAGAAGGUGAUAGGGGCUAAAGGAGACGGUUGCAAUGACUCAUCUGGGAGAAACAGUCAUGUUAGUACUGGAAGAAACAGUUAUGUUAGUACUGGAAGAAGCAGCCAUGGUAGCACCAUUACACUUAGCGGAAAGCCAUUGGAAGGCACAGAGACCAAUGAGAAUGGAACAACAAUCUGUCCACUCCAGGGCUAUCUGUUUGGAUCAGCAAUUGAGUUGCCAGAAACAACCACAGUGGUAAAGAAGGAACAUAGAACAUCGCUUGGGGAGCUGUUUCAGGGGACAAAAAUAGCAGAGGAAAAUUAUGUAGACAAAAGCGAGAGGGGAGAAAAAUGGACAGAAAAGGAGACAGAUAAAUCAGCCAUACACCCCAGGAAAAAGAUACUGAAGAAAAGAAUGGUUCAUGGUUCUUCUCGGAGCUGCACCAUAUCGACUGGGGGAAAUGUUGACUCUGCUUCAUCUGAGACAAAACUGCAUAAGGUGACCAAGAAUUUGAAAGAUAUUCAAGGACCUGCCUUAGCUAUUGUUCUUGAACGACUGAAGCACUCUGGGGCUUUUCAAGAAACAUUUGACGUGGCUAAAACAAUAUCGAUGGGGCCAUCAUUGAAAAAUGGAUCAAAAGUUGGGAAAUCAAGCUCUAAUGGUAAUGGUGACUGA